GACACCAUGCCCCUGUCGUCGGCCAUCUUUAAGAGUGAGCAGCGUAACCCUGUGCCCCAGUGUCCUCCGCGUCUGGACGUUCAGACUAUCGUAGCAGUGCUGUGGAGCCGUAUGCCCAACACCUUCCUCACCGUGGAGACUGCCAGGGUCUCAGAGAGACACGGCUGGGUGGUGCAGUGUCUGGAGCCCCUGCAGAUGAUGGCUGUUCAUGUACCUGAGGAAAACAGGUGGCUGAUGCAUACUUGUGGUUUAUUUCUAUCUGGAAUCAAUACCUAGCCUCUACCCUUAGGCUUAGACACUUCUCGUAGAUUUGAAUGGAUUUGAAAGGAUUAGAUGAAUGUAGUAAUAUCUUGUUCAUUUAUCCCUCUGGUGGGCUAAUUGGAGUUUUCACUAUAUUUCCUAAAUCCAUGUAUUGCUUAGCCACUCUCUCUCUCUCUCUCUCUUUGCUAUCUUCUCUCUCUCUCUCCCCUUCCACUCCCCCUCACUCCGCCCGUCCUUCCCCCAUCGCUCCUCCCCCCCCCCCCGUCCAUCCUCGCCCUCCCCCCUCUCUCCUCUCUCGUCCCUUCCAGCUGCCCCUCACUCUCCCCUUCCAUUCCCCUCUCUCUCGCUCUCUCCCUCCCCCCUGCCCCGUCCAUCUCUCCCCUCAGUCCCCUCCAUGCUCGUCCUCCGCCAUCCCUCUCCAUCGUCAUCCCCUCCACUCCAGCCCUCCACUCUCCCCCUAGCCCCUCGCCUCACUCAUCGGCUCCAUCCCACCCGCUCCUGCCGCAACCCAUUGCCCGUUCCCCAGUCCUCCCCCCGACGGAGCCCCCUCUCCAUCUCUCCCGUCCUCCCCCUCCCUCUCCCAUCUCUCCCCUCCUCCCCUCUCACGAUCUAGCUCCUCCUCCCCCUCGUCUCUCCAUCUUCUCCACCUCCUCCCCCUGCCCUCUCCAUCUCUCCCCUCCCUCUCCCCUCUCCUCCAGCCUCCCCAACUCCCCCCCUCCCCUCCUCCCCCUUCUCCCCCUUCCCCCCCCUCCCCUCAGAUGUCUGGACAUCCUGGAGCUAUCGGAGAAUGAGGGUUUGAGGAAGUUCCACUACCACACCCUGAAGCUCUACUGUGCCCUCUGCGCAUUGGGCAACACCCGCGUGGCACACGCCCUCUGCUCCCACCUCGACCAAUCACAGCUGCUCUACACCAUCGACAACCAAUACCUAUCCGGCAUGCUGAGAGAGGGAUUCUAUAAUGUUCUUAUGAGGUGGGUGAGGAGUUCAUUGGUUGGUGGAUGAGGGGUCUUUAUAAUGAAGAUGUUUACCCACUAUUUUUAUUGAAAUCUAUUAUUAUGCUUUUAAUUGAUUGGUUAAAUGACUGACUGUUUAAUGGAUUGAUUGGUUGGUCUAUGUACCUACCACCAGCAUCCACCUGGAGACAGCGAAGGAGGCACGCCUGAUGAUGAACAACGAGUUUAUCAUCCCCGUGACCGAUGAGACGCGCUCCAUCAAGCUGUUCCCUGACGAGUCCAAGAGACACUCUCUACCCGGUGUAGGCCUCAGCACCUCUCUGAAACCACGCCUCAACUUCUCCCCUCUCUCCUUCAUCACCACCAAGAAGCAGCAGCGCCUCCACAGGUCAGAGUUUUACUAAUUUAACUUCACUUGUAUAGUACUUUUCUGUCAAGUUGUAAUGCUUUCAGACUUCGGCUCACAUACUAUUUGAAGUCAUUUGAAAUACUUAAUCUGGGCUUGAUUGAGCUUGGCUGGCUCAAUGGACCAAUAGAAUAGUGACAAAACUGUAAACCCCGCCCAUCUGGUGCUCUAGACAGACAAGAGCAAACGCUUAAAGUAUUUGAAAGAUUUCAGGCAAUAUUUCUGCUACAGGUUUUGUUUUUUACUACUUUGACAUUUUUAUAGUGUUAUACUGAUACACUUGGGUACGACAAAUGCACUAUAAAUAAAAUACAUUAUUAUAAUGAUUCCUCCAGUCCCCAGAUCCCCCUGGGCAUCCUGAAGGAGAAGGCCAUCAGUAUGCUGACUGAGGCGGUGCAGGGAGGAGGCAGUCACAUCAGAGACCCAGUAGGGGGCAGUGUGGAGUACCAGUUUGUCCCCAUCCUCAAGCUGAUCGGGACCCUGCUGAUCAUGGGGGUUCUCACCAGCGAGGAGGUGAGGUUUAAAUCAGUUGGUAUGGUGUGUGAGUGUGGCGCUAGCAACGCCAGGGUCCUAUUCACUAGGAGCGAAACGAAAGCAAACGGACUGGAACAGUUCUGCUUCGGUGUGUACUAAUGAAAACAACCCAGCGUUCUGGGUUUAAUUCCCGUUGGGGUGACAUAUACGAAAAAUGGAUGUACUGACUGUGCUGUAAGUGGCUUUGGAUAAAUAUAGUGUCUGUUAAAUGGCAUAUACAGGUAACUGCCAAAAUAAAGGAAACACCAACAUAAAGUGUCUUAAUAGGGCGUUGGGCCACCACGAGACAGAACAGCUUCAAUGCACCUUGGUAUAGAUUCUACAAGUGUCUAGAGCUCUAAUGGAGGGAUGUGACACCAUUCUUCAACCAGAAAUUCCAUAAUUUGGUGUUUUUGUUGAUGGUGAUGGAAAACACUGUCAAAGGCGCCGCUCCAGAAUCUCCCGUAAGUGUUCAAUUGGGUUGAGAUCUGGUGACUGAGCAUAUGGUUUACAUCGUUUUCAUACUCAUAAAACCAUUCAGUGACCACUCGUGCCCUGUAGGUGGGGGGCAUUGUCAUCCUAUGGGGGCAUAGCCAUGGUAGCCAAAAUAAUGGCCUGCCCAGCAUUUUUAAACAUGACCCUAAGCAUGAUGGAAUGUUAAUUGCUUAAUUAACUCAGGAACCACACCUGUGUGGAAACACCUGCUUUCAAUAUACUUUGUAUCCCUCAUUUACUCAAGUGUUUCCUUUAUUUUGGCAGUUAAAUGUAUAGGAUGUAUAUUUGAAUUAUGUGUCGUGUUUUUCCAUGUACUAGGUGAGGCUGAUCCUGCUCCUCAUCGAGCCCAACGUGUUCGGGGAGCCAGAGGAGGAGGAGGCGAAGGUGGAGGAGGUGGAGGCAGCAGCGGGAGGAGGAGAGAAGGAGGAGGUGAGCAGCAACGAGGUGAAGGCUGUGGAGGCUGGUGAGGAGGAGACCAAGGAGGUCAAACCGCCCGUGAAGGGACUGCUGGAGAAGACACUGCCUGAGUCUGUCAAACGACAGGUAGGAGAGAGCGCGCACACACACACACACUCAGUUUCUCACACACUGGCAGAGUUGGUGAAGUGCCAGGCGUUCAGUCCCAGGCGUUCAGUCCCAGGCGUUCAGUCCCAGGCGUUCAGUCCCAGGCGUUCAGUCCCAGGCGUUCAGUCCCAGGCGUUCAGUCCCAGGCGUUCAGUCCCAGGCGUUCAGUCCCAGGCGUUCAGUCCCAGGCGUUCAGUCCCAGGCGUUCAGUCCCAGGCGUUCAGUCCCAGCUAAAUGGAUUGUUAGGAAAUUGAUGCCAAUAGUAAAGUGGCUACAAGAGCGUUGAACAGUUUUGCGGGCCCCCCCACAAGGUCUGCGCUAAUCUCAUGCUAUUUUACACAUUUUGCCAUGAGGCUGAGAAAACGUUGCUGUUUUAGAGCUCAUUUCCUGCUAUUCUACAAAUUUUGCCAUUAGGCAGAGAGAAAAUGUUGCAGUUUGAAAGCUAAUUUCCUCUAAUUGUACACAUUUUUUUCAUGGCUUAUGACGUGUUCAUAUACUGUCUGAAAUAACUGUGGGGCCCUCUGCCUUACGAGGGCUGCGGGGAUGUGUGCUACGACAAUGAGUGGCUGGCUACUCAAUCAAAUUGAAUGUACCAGCAAAAUCGUUACCAGCAAAACGACUAUCAACAAAAACAUAAACUGUACUGAAUAACAUUUAGUUGAUCAGAUUAAACCAUAAUUAGUACAUCACAUGUAACAAAAGUAGGUGUGUACUAACUAUAGUACUGUACUUUAUAUGAUACUGACUGGAAUAACCCUCUCUACUAGAUGUUUGAACAUCAACUUUAUCUUUCUCAAGUCUACUAGACAAUUCACAACUCAAUUCAGAAUUGAGCCCAACCCUGUUGUGUACUGCACUGCACUGUACUGUCCAUGAUCCAACAUGAUCUAACUCUCUCUUCUCUGCUAGAUGUGUGAGCUGCUGCACUACUUCUGUGACUGUGAGUUGAAGCAGCGCAUCGAGGCCAUCGUGUCCUUCUCAGACAGCUUUGUGUCCAAGCUGCAGUACAAUCAGAAGUUCAGGUACAACGAGCUGAUGUUGGCCCUCAACAUGUCUGCUGCCGUCACCGCCAAGAAGACCAAGGAGUUCAGAUCGCCUCCGCAGGAACAGGUACUGUUGUCGUCUUUCUUGUCGUUUUGCACAAAACCUACCAACAUUCAACCACGUUGUUAAGAAGAAGCAGUUGUUCUGUUUUGUUUUUCAUCAUUCUUGACAUUUGGCAGACAUUCUUAUCUAGUAUCAGAAUCAGAAGAAAAAAAAACUGUCAUUCAACAAUCUUGAUAGAAAUUUGAAAAAGGCAAAAACUGCCAUAAAAUACUGUAAGGUCUCCGAAGGUAAAACCUUCUUUUAAAACAUUUCUGAAAUGAAUGAGCUACGAUUCAAAAUUCAAGCACAGCAAGAACCCCCAAAAUACCAAAAGGCAGGGCCCCGUUUGACCCUUCUAAAACCUUAAAUCAAGACAGACAGAUGCCUCUGGUACUCAGAUACCCUGCCUUACGAAAAUAUCCCCCACAAGGUUUUCUCAUUUUCACAACAACAGAUGUUGGACUAAUCAGUCUCAAACAACCCAGCCUCUCUCAGUUGUCCCUGGUGGCGGCUGUACUGAUAUUAGGUUCCUUCAGCUUGGGCGUUGAGUCGAACUGUAAAUGCUCUGUCAACGCAUCACAUCUAGGAUCAGAUUACCCUUACCCUAAUCCUAUUCUUAACCAUUACGGGAAUGCAGAAAUAUCUAGCCCUGUGUCCGUGGUUUUGAAUAACUUGUGAAUACAGCUCAGCAGUUUAAAGGUGCAGCAAUAGAACUUGUAAAUGGAAUGGAUCUGAGGGUUGCUUUAGCAGGUGUGUCGGUAAUGUUCAAAUGUCGUUCGAAGGUAAGAAGAUCCAGCACACUGCACUUGCAAAGUGUCAUGCUUCUACUUUUAUUUGUAUAGAACAGCAGGAGAGGCACAGAGGUAGUCGGGCUCUCAGACACUUAGAACCAAUGUCUAUGAUCUAUUAAACCUCCAUGUAACUGUUUCUCUUUCCUUCUGUGCCUGGGAGCUGAGUAGGAGAACAUUAGAGAGAGAGAACACCUCACACCAACACACACACACACACACACACACACACACACACACACACACACACACACACACACACAGGAUCUCAAGCACAGACAUACACACACACAUCUAAAACUUCCAGUUUCCAGGCCAGUCUUUAACCCAGUACAGCUCCUGUUUACACAAUACAAGAGUGAGUCAGACUGUAAUUAGACCUGCCCGUUAGCGCACACACACACACACACACACACACACACACACACACACACACACACACACACACACACACACACACACACACUGCUCUCCUGUUCACACUUCUAAUAGCACUCCCCUACAGCUGCUAAGCCUAUGCUGAUCAAUCUCUCUCCUGCUAGCUGCCCUUUCUCAGUUAUCAAAGACACUGAUCUGUGUUUCAGAAGCAAAAUGUUUGACACUGGUGUUUACCUACUCACUUCACUACACUCUUAGAAAAAAAGCUGCUAUCUAGAACCUAAAAUGGUUCUUCUGCAGUCCCCUGUUAGGUUCUGACUCUCAUCUCUCCAAGAUGUCAGAAUGAGUGAUAACAGGUGUAUGAACUGUGCCUACCUUGUUUUUGGUGCCGGCUCCUGUUUCACUGAUUCGGACUCUCUAGUUUGACUGUAUGUCGUGGUGAAUCCCAUCGACAACGCCAACUGUUAGGUUUUGAAACUCACGGGACAACUAGUCAAAGCUCAAACCAAGUUUAUUCACCCACUGGGUCAAACAGCUGCAUAAGACAAAGACAUGUUUCCAUCAGCACAUAUAUUUAUACCCUCCUACUAGGCGGAGUCUCCUCCUUGCACAUCUGGACAGCCAAUACAUCUCCGUUGCUAGGCAGGAACUUAAAUGGUGACUGUUCCUUCUCACUUCAUCUGACCUGACCUCGGCCCGAAUUCCUCACUCCUCCCUAAUCCACGGCUGUCCAACCUUAUCAGUGACUGAAACCAGCCUGUUACCUAUCUCCUCUCUAAAGGAUACAUGAGAUUUAACAAUAACGUUCCGACAGAAUGGAACAUUUCUGCACUCCCUUUCUCCCUCAGUAGAUUUCCAUACACCCAGUUAUAAUAUGGUAACAAGAGGGUUCUACAUGGAAACCAAAAUGGUUCUACCUGGAACCAAAAAGGGUUCUACCUGGAACCAAAAAGGGUUCUACCUGGAACCAAAAAGGGUUCCCUUUUGGAAACCUUUUUUCUAAGAGUGUACUCACCAAGACCUCUUUAUUUCUCACUAUAUUUUAUUUAGAAGCGGUAGUGCCAGAAAUAGAAUCAAAACAUUGGCAACAUCCUCGACUCAAUUACGUUUAUAGUGAGUCUCUUUUAUAGUUAGCACUAGUCUCUCCACAUAUAGCUAGUUACCAUAUGUGGUGUGUAGCAGGUGUUUGUUCCAAUGGUCUUAUUACUGUAGCCUCCUGGUAAAAAGCUUUCCACACAAUAGGAUGAGAAUCUAUCUCCUCAUAGCAUCCCCUAUAAAUUAUGUCUCCAAGCUAGAGGUAAAACCAUCCAGACCAAUCUCCUCUUCAUUGAUCAAACAGAUGUGAUCUAGGGAGAAUCUCCUGGCCUGUCUGACUCACUGUAAUGAUGCUGCGCUGUAGGGAUGGCAUCUCAGUUUCUCUGUCUGAGUCUCUCUCUGUGGGAUGGCCUCUCAGUUUCUCUGUCUGAGUCUCUCUCUGUGGGAUGGUCUCAUAGUUUCACUGUCUGAGUCUCUCUCUGUGGGAUGGCCUCUCAGUUUCUCUGUCUGAGUCUCUCUCUGUGGGAUGGUCUCAUAGUUUCACUGUCUGAGUCUCUCUCUGUGGGAUGGCCUCUCAGUUUCUCUGUCUGAGUCUCUCUCUGUGGGAUGGCCUCUCAGUUUCUCUGUCUGAGUCUCUCUCUGUGGGAUGGCCUCUCAGUUUCUCUGUCUGUCUCUCUCUGUGGGAUGACCUCUCAGUUUCUCUGUCUGAGGCUCUCUCUGUGGGAUGGCCUCUCAGUUUCUCUGUCUGAGUCUCUCUCUGUGGGAUGGCCUCAUAGUUUCUCUGUCUGAGUCUCUCUUUGUGGGAUGGCCUCUCAGUUUCUCUGUCUGAGUCUCUCUCUGUGGGAUGGCCUCUCAGUUUCUCUGUCUGAGGUUCUCUCUGUGGGAUGGCCUCUCAGUUUCUCUGUCUGAGUCUCUCUCUGUGGGAUGGCCUCAUAGUUUCUCUGUCUGAGUCUCUCUCUGUGGGAUGGCCUCUCAGUUUCUCUGUCUGAGUCUCUCUCUGUGGGAUGGCCUCAUAGUUUCUCUGUCUGAGUCUCUCUCUGUGGGAUGGCCUCAUAGUUUCUCUGUCUGAGUCUCUCUCUGUGGGAUGGCCUCUCAGUUUCUCUGUCUGAGUCUCUCUCUGUGGGAUGGCCUCUCAGUUUCUCUGUCUGAGUCUCUCUCUGUGGGAUGGCCUCUCAGUUUCUCUGUCUGAGUCUCUCUCUGUGGGAUGGCCUCUCAGUUUCUCUGUCUGAGUCUCUCUCUGUGGGAUGGCCUCUCAGUUUCUCUGUCUGUCUCUCUCUGUGGGAUGACCUCUCAGUUUCUCUGUCUGAGGCUCUCUCUGUGGGAUGGCCUCUCAGUUUCUCUGUCUGAGUCUCUCUCUGUGGGAUGGCCUCAUAGUUUCUCUGUCUGAGUCUCUCUCUGUGGGAUGGCCUCUCAGUUUCUCUGUCUGAGGCUCUCUCUGUGGGAUGGCCUCUCAGUUUCUCUGUCUGAGUCUCUCUCUGUGGGAUGGCCUCAUAGUUUCUCUGUCUGAGUCUCUCUCUGUGGGAUGGCCUCUCAGUUUCUCUGUCUGAGUCUCUCUCUGUGGGAUGGCCUCUCAGUUUCUCUGUCUGAGUCUCUCUCUGUGGGAUGGCCUCAUAGUUUCUCUGUCUGAGUCUCUCUCUGUGGAAUGGCCUCAUAGUUUCUCUGUCUGAGUCUCUCUCUGUGGGAUGGCCUCUCAGUUUCUCUGUCUGAGUCUCUCUCUGUGGGAUGGCCUCUCAGGUUCUCUGUCUGAGUCUCUCUCUGUGGGAUGGCCUCUCAGUUUCUCUGUCUGAGUCUCUCUCUGUGGGAUGGCCUCUCAGUUUCUCUGUCUGAGUCUCUCUCUGUGGGAUGGCCUCUCAGUUUCUCUGUCUGAGUCUCUCUCUGUGGGAUGGCCUCUCAGUUUCUCUGUCUGAGUAUCUCUCUGUGGGAUGGCCUCAUAGUUUUUCUGUCUGAGUCUCUCUCUGUGGGAUGGCCUCAAAGUUUCUCUGUCUAAGCCUCCCUCCCUCCCUCCCUCCCUCCCUCCCUCCCUCCCUCCCUCCCUCCCUCCCUCCCUCCCUCCCUCCCUCCCUCCCUCCCUCUCUCCCUCUCUCCCUCCUUCUCUCCCUCCUUAUAGAUCAACAUCCUGUUAAACUUUGCUGCUGGGGAGGACUGUCCCUGUCCUGAAGAGAUUCAGGAGGACCUCUACAAAUUUCAUGAUGAGCUGAGACUGCACUGCGGUACGAUGUCCACACACACACCACACACAUACAUGGGCGCACACACGCAUAUGCAGAAGCACAUGCACAUGCACACAGACACAGACACACACACACACACACACACACACAUACACACACACACACACACAUUGACAGUUAAAAGAGUAAUCCUAAUUUGAGAUGCAGGCACAUACAGUAACUCACAGAUCUCCCAUUGACAUCAAAUCAAUACAUCAUUUCAGUUAUUCAUUCAAAAGUUCAUCCAAAAGUUACAAUGGCUCCUACAUGACAUGAUGAUUCUUGACUGGCAUGAGUAUCAAUCAAUAGGUUCACAGGUUCAAUAGUGAUGGGAAUAUGUUAACUGUAAUAAUAAACUCUAGGUCUACCAAAGAGCACUACAUGAACCUCUAUGUCGCAGUGUGAUGGAGACACCUGAGUUAAAAUCCUCCUCCCAGUCCGCCUUUCAUAUUUGUUUCUGUCUCUGUUCCUGCAGGCAUCCCAGUGGAGGAGGAGGAGGGGGAACAGGACACGUCCGUAAAGGGUCGUCUGCUGGCCAUGCUCUAUAAGGUCAAGGGACCGCCCAAGAAAGUAGAGGAGGAGCCUACAGAGCAGGAACAAGCUCCUCCCAGUAAGAUACUCACUGUCCCUCUGUCUUUGUGUGAACCAAGGUAA